AUGAUGAUACUGGUGGACUUUCCUCCUUCUGUGGAGCGGCUGUUGGCGGCUGGAGACAUGAAGAUGCCCUUCUCAGACACGGUCAAGUACUGCAUCCUGGGCAUCUCUGUCACGCUUCUUCUACUGGCGCUGGGCAUCUUAGCCUGGCAGGCCUUCAGAUGCUGCACACACACACAUACCGAAUACGCCCAGCAAGAUACAGUGAAUAGUGAACUACUGUACUCAGAUGGCAAGUCUACAGCAGCUGGAAACUUCUCAGGAUCUCCAAGUACUCAGGAGGUGGAUGUUGGCAUGGAAGUCCGCAGGCUGAGCCGCUGUUUGUCUCUGACUUCGCUUCCCUCCACAAUAUCCUGCCAGACAGAUGGGGACAUGUUGGAGCAGGCUAACAUUAGAAAGCAGGUCGAUGGAUCGCUGCGAUUCUCUAUCUACUAUGACCAGCUGCAGUCCCGUCUGGUGGUCACAGUCUUGGAGGUGGAAGGGCUGGUGGAACAAAGUCAGACCCGCAGCCUCCAGCCAUUUGUCAAGCUAAGACUCAUGAAGGAAGGAUCAAACGGAGGAGACCUGGAGGGCUGUACGGAUGAGGAGGGUGAAGGGACGUCGCCUGUGCUUUGGACAGUGCUGCAGGAGUGGCAGACGCGCAUUGUGAAAGGCAGCUGCAACCCUUUGUUCGGGGACCAGUUCAGCUGUGUUCUGAGCGAGGGUGCUCAGGAGCUUCAGCACAUCUGCCUCAGGAUGGAGGUAAGGGACUUUGAUAAAUUCUCCAGACCCACAGUGUUGGGAGAGGUGAGGGUUCCUAUAGGGCAGCUCAACAUCUCCUACCCUCUGGAGCAACAAGAGGAUCUGCAGACACCCCAGAAGGAUCUUGUAGGAGAAGCGCUUCUGUCAUUGAAGUUUCUUCCCACUUCUCAGAGGCUUGAGGUUGGCCUCCUAAAGGUCAGAACGGUCCUCACUGAGAUAUGCUCGGGUGCAGCUAUGUAUGCCAGGAUCAGUGUGCAGUGCAACCAGUGCAAGUUGAGGUAUCAAAAAACCUCUGCAGUGGCCCGACGCAUGGUGACUGUCUUCAAUGAAGUUCUCAUGUUCUCCUUGCCAGAGCUUCCUCUGGAGCAGUGUAAAAUUUCAGUUUCUCUGUAUGAGACUAUAAUGACUAGGAAAUCAACCAAGCGUCUGAUUGGACAGUUGACUGUGGGUAAGGAGAAGAGUUUUGAAGACAAACACUGGAGCCUAAUGAUGUCCUCAGUCCGUCAGCCAAUUGCAAAGUGGCAUGGCCUGCUCAUUUGA